GCUCCUUUGGGGCAGAGACCAUCUAGCUUAGCCCCCAGCACCACCAUCUCAGGUGCUCAAUUUAAGCCCCAAUGAAUUGAAGUCACCCAUGCGCCUGAGCACCAUCCCGGAGACUACAUUUCCCAGAAGGAAAGGACUCUCGGGUACGACGGAUGCCAGCGAGGGCCUCGCUACCUCUGAGCAAGCGCAGUUGGGGAGAUGUCUCCUUCCAUUAUUUUCCGCGUAGGUAGAAAUUGAGGAAAGUUACCAUCCUUGUAGUUGAGUGUGGGCGAGAGGGCUUUGGCUUGAGGCAGCCCAGGCAAAGAGAGGAUUCCCGGAGCUGGGGGAGAGAGAAAUAGAUCCCAAGGAUCCUGGGUUCUAAUUCUGUCUGCUAUCUGACUGCAUGACCCGAGUUAGAACUUGGAGCCCCACUUUUUUCCUCAGCUGUUAAAAGGGGCGAACUACGCACCUGAGGACUAGCUGCAGCCUGCAUUAAGCACCAAAUGAGUUCUAGCAAGGAUAACUAGACAAUAAUAUUGAUUAAUCGCCUGGGGAAAAAGCAAAUAGGGAGCCUGGCCUCUAGGGUCCGUGCACUGGGGGAGAUAGCUGGGGCACCUUAUUGAGGAAGACAAGAUUUGGGAAAGGUCAGAAUUUCAAAAAAAAAAAAAAAACCCUAAAGAAGGAAUGAUUUUGGAGAACCAUGACCUUCAAAAGAAAGAAAUUAAUGACAUUCCAAGAUGUUGCUGUGGAAUUCACCCAGGAGGAAUGGAGCUAUUUGGAUCCUGGCCAGAAGGACAUGUACAGGGACGUGAUGUUAGAGAACUAUGAGAAUUUUGUCUCUCUUGGGCUUCCAGUAACUAAACCAGCUGUGAUUUCUCGUCUGGAGAGACAUGAAGCCCCCUGGCUAUCAAGGGAAGAAGACCCCAAAUGCUCUUCUGAGGAUUCCCCUGUUGAAAAAAGAGAAUGUGAAACCAAGGAGUCAACUCCAAAAGAAUGUAUACCUACUAGAGAGCCAACCAAAGAGAGACUCAUCAGGGAUGAGUUCUGGGAUUCUAAAUUGGGAGAAACUUGGAAUUAUGACACUGGAUUAGAAAGGCAGAUAAACAACCCAGAAAGACAGUCCAUGAAACUAAUAAAGCACAACAAAACUUCAUGUAACAGAAUUUCCAUGGUGAAGACCCUUUGUAAGUUUAAUAAACACAAGAAGUUUUACAUUCACCAGUCAAAGUUUAAUUACCAUAGAGUAUGUUCUCAAGGAGAAUCUCAUAGAAUUAAUGAAUAUGAUAAAACCUUCCACAUCAGUUCCUGCCUUACUGUACAUGAAGGAGUUCAUGCUCAAGUGAAAUCUCAUAAAUUUGAUGAAUGUGGUAAGGCUUCCAGCUACAAUUCACACCUUGUUGUUCAUCAAGAAAAUCUGGAAGAAAAGCCUGUAAAACAGUGUAAUACAGGUAGGAAAACUUUUAGUCAGAGGAGAUAUGUUUGUCAACAUAAGAGAAUUCCUACUAAAGAGAAACUCUAUAAAUGUAAUGAAUGUGGGAAAGCCUUCAGACUUAAGGGAGCCUUUAGUAGACACAAAAACAUCCACACUGCAGUGAAAUCAUAUAAAUGUAAAGAAUGUGGAAAAGCUUUCACAUGCAAGAAAUAUCUUUGUAGACAUGAAAGAAUUCAUACUGUAGAUAAAUCCUAUAAGUGUAAUGAAUGUGGAAAAGCCUUCAGGGAUAAAGAAUACCUUAAUCGACAUGAGAGAAUUCAUACUGGAGAGAAACCCUAUAAAUGUAAAGAAUGUGGAAAAGCCUUCAGGGACAAGGGAUAUCUCAGUAGACACGAGAAAAUUCAUACCGGAGAGAAACCACAUAAAUGUAAUGAAUGUGGAAAAGCCUUCAGGGACAAGGGAUACCUCAAUAGACAUGAGAAAAUUCAUACCGGAGAGAAACCACAUAAAUGUAAUGAAUGUGGAAAAGCCUUCACAUGUAAGGAAAACCUAGCUGUACAUGAAGCAGUUCAUUUUGGAGAAAAGCCUUUUAAGUGUAAUGAAUGUGGAAAAGCCUUCAGAUUUAGGGGAAGUUUUUAUUUACAUAAGAGAAUUCAUACUGGAGUGAAACCAUAUAAAUGUAAUGAAUGUGGGAAAGCCUUUAGGCACAAGGGUGGACUUAAUUCACAUAAGAUAAUGCAUACAGGAGUGAAACCUUAUAAAUGUAAUACAUGUCAAAAAGCCUUCGGAUGUAAGAAAUAUCUUCAUAGACAUGAGAGAAUUCAUAUUGGAAAGAAAUGCUAUAAAUGUAAUGAAUGUGAAAAAACCUUCUGGAAGAAAGGAGAUCUUAAUUCACAUAUGAUAAUGCAUACUGGCAUGAAAGCCUAUAAAUGUAACAAAUGUGGGAAAGCCUUCAGUUGUAGGAGAAGCCUUAAUCUACAUGAGGCAAUUCAUUCUGGGCAGAAACCUUAUAAAUGUAAUGAAUGUGGAAAAGCCUUCACCCGGAAUUUUCACCUUAAAAGGCAUAAGAAAAUUCAUACUGGAGAGAAGCCUUAUAAAUGUAAUGAAUGUGGAAAAGCCUUCAGGUACAAAGAAGGCAUGUUUGUACAUGAGAGACUUCAUACUGGGCAGAAGCCCUAUAAAUGUAAUGAAUGUGGAAAAGCCUUCAGUUACAAGGGAGGUCUUGAUUCACAUAAGACAAUUCAUACUGGAGAGAAACCCUAUAAAUGUAACUUAUGUGGAAAAGCCUUCAGUUAUAAGGGAGGUCUUAAUUCACAUAAGGCAAUUCAUACUGGAGAGAAACCCUAUAAAUGUAAUGAAUGUGGAAAAGCCUUCAAUUAUAAGGGACAUCUGAAUAGACAUAAGAAAACUCAUACUGAUGUGAAAUUAUAAAUGUAAUGAAUGUGGAAAAACCUUCAAAUGUAAGGACAACAUUAAUUUACAUAAGGGAAUUCAUAUUGAAGAGGAACCCAAAAAAUGCAAGGAAUGUGGAAAAACUUUUAAAUGAUAGAGAA